AAACCUAACAUACCGAUGUGACAAACAAGAAGUAAUAAGAGUAUUCGAGCAAGACAUUUUUCAUUCUAAUAGCUGUAUACACAGAUGCUGUACUUCGUGUUGAUCUUGUGCGUGUCAGGUAUUAAGUGCCAAUUCUUCGACUGUCACGAUGAGCCCACGUAUGAUCCAGACGAGGGGCCCCUCGUGGAUCUUCAGUUCACCUGGCUGGGAGCUAUGCAGUACAUCCACGUGAAAAACGGUACCCCUCAUUACUUCCGAGUUCCGCGCGUAGUCAUGAUAAGCCGUCAGUUCGUGCUGUCCAAUGCAGUAGAUGCAGCUCACGUACCAGAUGGUUAUGCAUUAGGGAACGUAGUUUUUGGGGACUAUGAGCGUGAUGAGGUUGAAUGUAAGCUGACCAUCGAGGAUCUGGCGUCAGGCUUGGUCUGUGAUCCGGCUGUGCUGCUCAUGCCUAUAGCUGAUGUGCUGCUGCAUCCUGAGUACAAGCACUUCGGUGUGAAGAGCAGCAUAGCGCUUUUGAAGUUGAUAACACCGAUAAAGUCCAAAUACAUGGUACCAGUAUGUUUGCCGUUCAAAAACUUCGUUGUCGGCAAAAAUGGGAAGCAGACAACUGAGAGAUUGUAUCAUAUAGACUUCGUUAGUGAUGUUCCUAGAGACUUCUUGGACGAAGAGAAAGAAAUAUCAAGAGUGAGUCUACUGCCAAGAGAACUCUGUUUCUUGUACGACAGUCCCACAAUGACUAACGUGUCCAGUGUAGGCAAAGACCGCAUCGCGUGCACGACGGGUUGCGGCUUCUAUUCCGGCUCACCGAUGAUGGUUCACGAGCACACCGGGCAUUGGUCUAUUGUGUCUUUAUCUCAAGGUGGGUCUCCUUGUCCGGACCCACUCCGCACUCGUCGUCCUCCGUCCCCUCCUCGCCAUACUCUGCUGUAUCCGUACGUGCCUUGGAUCACAGCCGCGAUCACCGGCCGAGCUGUUGGCGCUUUCGCUAAAGAUGAUCCAUUCGGCUACAUAAUGCCGCGCGCUUCCCUCUACGACGUGAUCGGUCACGGCUGGGUCGGUCACUGGUGGAUGGGGGGGCUGCGAUGCUACGACCGCGGGGACUCCGCUACGGACAUCUUCAGGUUUUAUCACGAAGUGUUCCAGGUUAAACCGACCACGCAAACUUAUCUUACUUAUUACUUGGAGAUAGAUAGCGCUCACGAUACUAUGGUGAUUUGCGUCAAAGUUGGCAUGCCUUAUCAAUUUGGAGCGCCCAAAGUUUGGCAGCUGGACACGCCUGAAGUUAAAGUUCGAGUGCCAUUAAUAACGUUCUCAAGCUUGUACAAAUUCGAAGUUGAAGCCUGGUCGUAUAACGCGACUGAAUCUAUUACCACUUCCUCGACCUCUUCCUCCAGCGAGGAGUAAGGGGGAGAGAUGUAUUAUUUAGGACAAAGAACUUAACCAUGAAUAUUUUUUUGAGUCAAUCAUAAAACAUAUUGACUUGGGGCUAAGUUUGGUAACACGAGAGUUAAUUAAAAGAUAUUUCACGACAACAAUAUACGUUUUUUUUAAUUCUACUUGUUUUACUGUUUUUUAUAUUUUGGAGACAAGUUUUGAAGUUGGCAGAGAAAAAGAGCAU